AGAAAGUGUCUCAAGGUUUUCUUGCAMAACACGUUCUCUCUCAUAAAAAACAUGGGUACUGGCGUGCUAUCGUUAUCCAAGGCUGGUUUUUACCCAGUCUAUGUGCUUGUACUGCUUCUAGGUGCUUAUUUAUUAAAUCAGCUUGAUAGAUACGCUCUUGCUGUAACCUCACAGCCCAUGGCCAGAGAAGUUAAGUUCGGAGACAAAGGCUGCUUACCUUACAACACUUCUCUUGGUUCGAAGGUCAAAAAGCUGUGUGUUAAAAGUUAUCUUAAUUCAGAUAAUACAGAAAAAAACGAAACUGCGUGUAGGUUAAAAAGAAUGCAAAACUCAAAUUUCUCUGGCCAAAUAUGUAUCUGGGAUUAUGACGGCACAGGGGAAGAGUACCAGAUACUUGCUGGACCUGUAUUCAUUGUUAUUUAUACUUUGAGUGGAGUUAUUUUGGGUCUUUUCACUGGCACGUUUAACCGCAAGAACAUCCUCAUUGUCUGCCUUCUUCUUUGGAGUGCAAUGACUUUGCUGACAGGAUUUGCUAAACAUUAUUGGCAUUUACUACUUACAAGAUUUAUUCUUGGGAUAGGUGAGGCUGGUUGUACACCAUUUGCAGCAAGUUUGAUUGCAGACUAUUUUCCUGAGUCUCUUCGUGGAGCAGCUCUUGGAGUUUAUAAUUGGGGCAUUUAUAUUGGAUACAGUAUGGCAUAUGCUUUCGGCAACUACAUCACCAAAGCUAACAUCAAUGAUCAAGGAUGGCGGUGGGUGUUUUUCAUUGCAGCCAUUCCUGGCUUUGUUUUGGGCCUUUUAAUGAUGUUUACUGUCAAAGAACCAGAAAAAACUGAAAAACAGAACAUUGGAUUUAGCAAGGCUCUCGCUCUCAAGAUCAAACUGCUCCUAAUGCUUAAGACCUUUCUGCGACCUUCCUUGAUCAUUCUCUUUGUUGCUGGUGCAAUUCGUAAUGCUGGGGGUUAUGUAUGGGCUUAUAAUACACAGCCCUACUUUAACAAGUAUUAUCCUGACACUGAUGUUGGCAAGUACAUGAGUUGGAUUCCAUUAGUUGGUGGAUCAUUUGGCGUAGUCUUUGGCGGGUUUAUCUCAGAUAGACUGGUUAAGAACAGAGGUUCUUAUGCAAGAAUCUGGGUGCUUGUUGCUAGUCAGAUUAUAGCGGCCCCUUUUGCAGCAGGAGCUCUAUUUCUGAAGCCUCCCUGGGCCUUUAUCAGUCUUAUUCCAUCCAAUAUCAUUGGUGAGAUGUGGGUGGGUGUAACUCUUGCUGUUGUGGUGGAGUUGGUCCCUGUCACGAUACGUACUGCAUCUGUGGCUUAUUAUCUCUUCAUCAUAUCUAUCAUUGGAGGAAACGUUCCACUAUUAGUGCCCAUCAUCAAAAAGCCGCUUGGUUUACGUAAUGCCCUGUAUAUCUUGUUCCCUGGUUUGUAUGCCUUGAGCUCUGCCCUCUUCUUGUUGACGUUGUUUGUGCUCAAGCGAGAUUUACGACUUGCGGACGAAACGAACGUUUUGGAUGUUACGUCACCUCUUUUGCCUGAUUCCUCCAAAGAAGAUUCCAGCAGCAAAAUGAUAUAGAAUAUUGAACUGUGAUAGGCUAUGCAACUGUUGAAGAUAUACUAUUAAACAACUUACAACAAUU